AUUUUAAACACCCUCAGUACAAAUCUGUAUGAUUUUAUUUCUUCUGUAAAAUACAAAAGAAGAUAUUUUGGAAAACGUUGAUAACCAAACAAUUUGUGACGGCAUUGACAUUCACAAUAUUGGCAUCUGCAGAAUUGACACGAGGGUGAAUAAGAUCAUUUUUGGGUGAACUAUCCCUUUAACAGGAGGAAAACAUUUGUAGCCCACACAGGGAUAGCCUGCCGCAUCGCAUCUUUCAUGUCCACCCUAUGAUUUAAAGUGCUUUUGAGCUAAUCGGUGACCGCCAGCUCGCGCUCUGCUUUUUCCAAUGUUCACCUGUUGCGUGGUUCAUGCACCGCACUCGCCAUGUUUUGAAGGCCGCCUGUAGGUGGAGUCAGGAAGACAUCUGGUGAUCCACUCGCGCUCCGUCGCUGCGCUUCUCGCACGUCCAGUCUGAUCUGCCGCACCGGGCACCGGCGCACGAGCCAGACGCCUUCGAAACGAGUUACGGCUGUGAGUCUGACCUGUCAAACGCAAACAUGCGGUCUUUAUGAAUGGUCAAUAGUAUACAAGGUAAAAAUAUACUAAAACGGACUGGGAGGCAACGUUGCAGCGCACCAAAAGAAGACAUGAAUAAGAAGGAAUGAAGUCAUCUGCGGUGUAUGGCCAUCAAACAUCACCAAUGAAUGCAGUAAUCGAUCAAGCCACCGCUAAAGAGGCCUCGAUGCUGGCCAGCCGUCUGGAGGAAUCGCUCUCGCACUACGCGCUUUCUUUCGCUCCUAUGCGCAGAAAGCCGUGGGAGAGGUGUGGAAAGAGGCAGGUUGGGAUCUAUUAAUACAGACAGCCCUAUUGAUUAUUCAGCUCUAUCGAUCAGUGCAGUGCCCAGUCUUUAUUGUCCACUGGACCGUUGGCAUCAGGCUAUGGGCUCACCAUACGGAAGGCAGCAUUGUGACCAUUUAUUGUAUGCAUAAAUGACAUUGGCGUCUCACUCGCGUAGCAUGCUGGUGGACCCUCCGCCGUCACGCGGAGCGCUUCGGCUCCUGGAAACAAACCCAAACUGAACUACGGGUGCGAUGUGCUCGUUUUGGCAAUUUAAUAAGGUGCGCAAUAAAACACCGUGUGAGUGCCGCGGAGGAGCUUCGGACGGGGACACAAUCCGCGCCGUGGCCUGUGUGUGAAACGCGCAGGAGAAUGGAGAAGUUCCUGCAGAUAGCGCCCCAUUCCCUGGCCAUAGUGCUGUCACGGGUCAGCACCGAGGAAUCGCCCGCGGUCACGGAGAAGCUUCAGCACCACCACACCGGUUAUGAGAUAUUCGCCGACUUCAAAGCGGAGAACAUGCAGCACUUCUGGAAUAAGAAAGUCACGGACGCCAUAUCGGAGACGUUUUUCUUGGGCUGGAUAGAUGAACAUGUUCUACUCAUUCAAGGCAAGGAGGAUCAUUUGGAGGUACUGAGGGAAGGAUGGACACGGAGGGCCCUGAAACCACCUCGGGGAUUCGAGAUCAAGUGUAUAGGCGAUGUAUCUCCUAUCAGUAUGUCACCCAUCAGUCAGUCUCAGUUCAUCCCACUGGGAGAGAUUCUGUGCCUGGCCAUCUCUGCCAUGAACUCUGCCCACAAGCCUGUCACACAAGAUGCGCUGAUGGAGCACCUUUCCACUUGCUUUCCAGGUGUCCCCACUCCGAGUCCAGAGAUCCUGCGGCACACAUUGAACAUGUUGGUACGGGAGAGGAAGAUCUAUCCCACACCUGAAGGUUACUUCAUUGUUACCCCACAGACCUACUUUAUCACCCCCUCCCUCAUCCGCACCAACAGCAAGUGGUACCACCUGGAUGAGCGGCAUCAAGAUCGACAACAGCAACAACAACUUCAGCAGCAACAACAGCCAACCCCACAACAGCAAUGUACAUCACCACAAUCUGGAACCAUCACUCCAUCCACCUCUGGCUGUGUGCGAGAAAGGCCUAACCCUAAGAUCCACAGCGAAUCCUAUAAUACAUACCGUGAUGAGGUGACCAACCUACAUACAUCCACAAGUCAAAGGAAGUCCCCAAAGGAGCCCAAAGGAGAUCCCCCUUCAUACCAACAACCCCCUCCCCCUCCACUUGCCAUUCAGCACCCCCCUGACCCCACAGACAAAUGCAAAAGCAUGACAGCCACUAUUUCUUACAAGACAGACACACUGACCAAGAAGAAGGAGGGCAGUGGUGGGGGCAGCAGUGAGAGGCAAUCUAAAAAGUUUGGGCUGAAGCUGUUCCGCUUGAGCUUUAAAAAGGACAAGACCAAACAUCUGUCCACCUUUUCAGCACAGUUCCCUCCGGAAGAGUGGCCUCUAAGGGAUGAGGACACGCCAUCGGCCACAGCUAUCCCUCGUGAGGUGGAGAUGGAGAUCAUCCGCCGCAUCAACCCGGACCUGACAGUGGAGAACGUGGCCCGCCAUACAGCCGUCAUGAAGCGGCUGGAGGAGGAACGUGCUCAACGCUGCAAGGCCAGCUCGUCUGCACAGCACAGUGCCCGCAGUCGCCGCAGUCGAGGCCAUCGGCGCGUGCCUCAUGGGAAAUUGCGUUCGCACAGCAAGACACGGGCUUCUAGGGGAGACCCUUCUGAAGGCCCCAAUCUCGACCUUCAGCCAGUUAGUCUGGAAAGGGACUAUCGUUUUUUUAGUCACUCACUAGUACGCUCGCCAAGAGAGGGUAUGUACACGGUGGAACGCAGGAGUGGUGGUGCCUACCUUGUCCACAGCAAUCCCAACAUUGCUGAGUCGCACUUUCCUGUUACCCCAGAGUGGGAUGUAUCGGGGGAGCUUGCAAAGAGGCGGACAGAGAUGCCUUUCCCCGAGCCUUCGCGUGGGACGUCGCAUUCAAGGGUGCACCGUAGCCACAGCCACACACAGGACCGCAAGUCACGCAAUGAGCGGUCUGAUAAGGCUAAAGAGCGGUCACGUUCUAUGGACAACUCCAAGGGCCCACUGGGAGGUGGGAGCUCCACACUUGGCACAGCUGAGGAUUAUGACCGCAGUCCAGAUGACAGAAGCCGUUAUUAUACUGACGAUGGGACGCUGAGGGCCUCCUCUCAAAAGGCCCCGCACUACUCAUGCAUCAUGUUCUCUAGUGCCAAGUUCAGUUCUGAAAUGUCAGUACCUGAUAUGGGCAAAUUGAGCCUGGAUGAAGCGAGGCUAUGUAGCCCUCUUGAACGAAAUAAGAGCAGGGACAGCUUGCCAGCCUACAGUGACCUGAAGGCCCUAUCGCCAAAGCCUUUGGCUGAUGACUACUUCCAGUGCAAUACAUCUAAUGAAACAAUCCUUACUGCCCCACUGCCUCUGGGCAAAUCUGACCAUGACACUUUAACCCCAUCUGACGGAAUACGCAAGGGCUCUCCCGCUGAGCGGCAGACACCGCACCUCACCUCGCCUCACCCUUUGGAGUACAAGGAGGACUCCUCCACCAAGGUCCACAAUGGUUCUGGCAAACCAACACCAAGCCAGACCCCUGAGCCUAUGCCAAAUGGACGUUUGAUACAGCACCAACACAACACUGAGCCUGGGGGUGGAGGAGGUGGGGGUAGCGCUGGUGGCGGGGUGGACAAGAGGAAAGAGAUUUUCAGUAAGGACACUUUGUUCAAACCGCCACAUAAUAUUUUGACUGUGAGCUAUGUGGAUGUUGGCUACUCAAAGUCAGGCACUUUGCGAAAGACUCCUCAUAUGAAAUCAUCUGAGGUCCUCGAUGCUCUGGAGACCCAAGAGUCAUCUAACUCCGCCCCUUUGUCUGCUUCUGCUCCGGCAACCACAGGCUCGGAACAGGGUGCCCCCUCAACAUCUGAGACUGCUUUUGACUAUUACAACGUUUCAGAUGACGAUGAUGAGGAAGUGGAAGAGGCCUCCCAUAAAGAGGCAGCACCAACGGAGGCUACGGGUCGGGCAGGGGCUGGGGAGGAUGGCGGAGGAGGAGGAGGAACAAUGCAGUGGUUACUAGAACGGGAGAAAGACCGGGAUCUGCACCGGAAGUUUGAGAACAACUUGACUCUGCUUAGCCCUAAGGAGAGCGAGAACAAUAACAGCCAGAAGUCGGCUCACUCUGCAAGGCUGGACAGCAUGGACAGCAGUAGUGUGACUGUGGACAGUGGGUUUAACUCGCCUCGCACACGAGAAAGCCUGGCAUCCAACACCUCAAGCAUCGUGGAGAGUAACCGGCGACAGAAUCCGGCCCUAAGUCCCGGCCACAUGGGUACCACCAGCAUCGGCCCCCCAUUCAGCUUCCGUGCAAUUCCAGAGCCCCCUACCACGCAAUCUGAGAAACUGCAGAAAUCCCCCAACUGCCUUGCUUCUAUCACCAGCGUCUGACAUGGGCCCAUCUGGGGUGACGUAAGGCCAGGGUGAUCUGCAAUGUUGGAGGAGGUUGGGUGACUCCCUCCAUCAAGCACCUCGAUUACAUGGGGACUGUUAAACCCACAGGCAUGACUUCCAGAGACUGUUCCUACUGCAUAAAAAGGUCACUGCAAAAAAAGGAAAAAAUAGAAAAAUGUUCUCAUCAUAGGAUUUACCUUAACAAGCAAUUAAUCAGGAAAUUCUCCAGUUGGAAUCAAUCAUUUUUUUCAAAGUAGUCUUGAAGUAACUGGUUAUUUAACAAUGCUUUAUUUUCCGCAGUAUUUUUUGUCAGUCACAGAUUAGAGAUCAUCUUGCCAAUGGAUCGCAUUGUGCACGCAUAAAGAAAUAGAUGCUGAUGUGCAGGUCUAACGUUUUACAGAGGAAGAUUUGUGAUAUUGGUCAACAAGUUUAAUAAUGAGACAUAAAAGCUCUCAUCUGAGCAACAUUGAAUUCAUUGUUCGUUGUAUGAUAUUCCUAAAAACAAACCCAUUUGUCAUGACGCUAUUAGCUACAUGGUUAAACAAGAAGAUUUACACUUACAUGCUUGUUACAAAACAUACAUAGACUGAAUUAGCGAAAAAGUGAUCUUGUUUUGAAAUUAAAAUAUUUAUUUAGGAAAAAGGACUUUUGAUUUUUUUUAACCCAAGUUUAUUGCGGACACAAGUUGGUUGUAUGCCACUUACCUAAUGGAUUCCUUACCUGGCUCAUUAAAGUUAUAUCCAUAUUUAAUCUCAGGUCAUGAAUAGUUACUCUCCUAAAAAGAGAUGAAAUCAUCUGUCAGAGUGGAAUCAUGUUUCUCUGGAUUUUUUCACCAAAUAUUUGUUUCUUAAGGGAAUAAAACACUAUUAGUGGACAAAAAUGUAAAUGAUUUCUAUUUGGUCAUAACGUUGCUCAUAUGUUUAAUUUAAUGUGCAGGUCAUUUUCAUUUUAUUCCCUUUAGAACUAAAAAAGACAAAACAUCAGGUGUUUUGCGCCAGCGUGAAUCUGAUACAAGUUUUACGCCAGCGUGAAUCAGAUAGUCUCAUGAACCAGAACACUUUUGUAUGUCAUUGUUGAUUUGGAAACAUGCUUGUCUUCUGUGUAGCUCAAUGGCUCUGUUUUUUGCUGCGAGAGAAUGAGGAUGUCGAAAAUGGCAAUGUCGGAAACAGGGCUUCUCUGUCUAGAACGUCCAUAGCUCCAUGGAAAGGUCAUGCAGUUCUCUUCCUUUGGGCCGGUGGGGAGACUUGGCCCCUUUGCUGCUCUGAUAAAACCUUUAUUUUCUAAUAUUUUCUCAAUUAAAACCAUACUGAAUUCUUUUUUUCCAUUGAAUUUCUGCUGUUUUGGACAAUUACUAGAUCCCCGACCUGAGUGAAAACUACAGUCCACAGAUGAUCUGGUUUAAAAUCGUGCUACAGCAGACACAUUACAUAUAUCAUCUCGACCCCUUGUAUUUGUUCAAUGUUUGUUUCAGGUUAAUGCAGAUGAUUCAAUGAAGGUAUGUACAAAUAAUUUGCUCCACUGUUAUUUCUUUUCAAUGUUAGAGAUGGAAAUGGAUCACAUACCGUUUUGACCUGCCGUGUCAUAUUUAAAGCUCAGGUCCAUGAGCGAAGGCCCAAGAUCGAUUAAAACAUGAAAAUACUUGAUUUGAACAUUUGGACUAUGGCUUUAACUGUUUGGCAUGACAUCUCUAGAGCGCACUGGAACUAAUGGCCUUGUCCCUUCUGGCAGUGACUCGGUGAGAUUCGGGAAAGAGAGCAGAGCUCAUGUCACAUCCAUUGGUGCUAUUAUGUGGUGAUCCUCCCUUUUUCUGUUCUUUUUGUUCUCUAUGCCCUCCAUGUGGACUCCAUUGCUUUUGAUGAGUGUUCAGGUGGAUUUUCUCCAACGAGACGUCUUGUUGUGUUUGAGUCAAAGACGUUCAACUCACUCCCUCUCGCUCGAACAUUAUCAACACACAAACCCAAACACCUGCAAUCAGCCAUGCAAACAACCCCACAUACAUGCACAUAACUAGCUACCUCCACCACCUGUGUAACAACAACCUAGGGACAUGUACAGAUUUGGAUUCUUUGCUUGUGGAACACAGCGCUAACAGCCUCUUCUCUGUGAAUGUUGACAAGGAGCGGCGGACAUUGUAACUAAGAGGACUUAUUCUAAAUAAUCAGUAUUAAGUGCUGUAGUUUAAACUCGAUUUUUCUCAGUUUAUGACAGAAGUGUCUUUUACUUAUUUGCAAGUUCUGUAUAAGCCUGUCAAGCACCGCAUUAACAAACAUUUACAGUUUUAUUUUUUUCAAUCCAAUGUUCUCAAUGUUAAUCAGACAUCUUUAGUUCUCUGCUGUUCAAUUCUAGUUUAUUUGCAAUGCUACUAGACAGAGGCAAGGGUCACAUUCACAUUCCAUAUUCCAGAUGAAAUGAGCACCUCAAUAGAUUCAAUAUUCCAAAUCACAACCGACUUUCUGGCAAUACUGAUUUCAGUUUCCCACCGGACAUUUAUGAGGUAAUUGGUUGGGGUCCAGGCAGCCUCUUUGACCCUCUAAUUGGAGGUGGGAUGAAGUUUAUCCUAGGACAAGGGCCUCAUAUAUAAUUGUUUAUCAUUCCUAGACAUCCUAAGAUCAACAUUUGGCUGAGCAAGCACCUCAUAACAUCUAUAAAUAAAUCUACAAACGGAUCAUUUAUCAAAUCGUUUUGACAAAGCUUUACUAACAACACAAAUCAAAUGAAUCCACUCAAAUUAUAUUUUGGUUUAGUGACAUAUAGUCUAACUUAGUGUUCUUUUACUUUGUCAGAAGAUGCAUCUUUUGAUUUUCCUCUCGCAUAUUGUGAAAUUUAGUUUUAUUUCAGUAGCCUCGCCCAUCUGAUAAUCAGAUUUCUCUUUGGUUUCUUGCUUUGGUUUUUGAUAGACGAAAGGGAGUAAUGCAGCCAAGACUGCCUUGUAAAAAACAUGUUUGCACUGAAAUGCCUGGCCUCUGGUUGCUGUUAAGUUCAUCCAAGACGGAUGCUUUGUUUAUAUUGUAAAAUAUUUCAUAUGAAAUAAAAAUGACCAUGAAAUGUCUUCCCUUAACAUUAUGGAUUUUAGAACCACGUCAGACAACAUUGUUUCUAAAUGGUGACAGUGUACAGUAUCAUACUGUAAAUGAAAUCAAUCUGCCAUGCUUAGUAUAACUUCAAAAGAAAUCUGAAAGAUAUGAGGGAUCUUUUUGUAAUGUCUAUAAUAUUUUAAAAGAAGUCCCUAUUUGUGUAGUAAUGGUGUUUCAUCGUUGUGGUAGUAUAUGUGAUAAACCCAGUUGGGAGAUUGUGUUACUUUUUAAGACAAUAAAAUAACAUGUUUGGUUA